AUUCUGGGAUUCUUCCACCCCAAGGUGCCGUCGGUGGAGAAGGUUUUGAAGGCCAUGGCUGGGCUGCCCCGAAGCGACUUUGAGGAGAUGAUUCGCCAGGGCAAUGGCACCUUCAACUCCAUCCCGGAGCUGGCUGUGGAGAGGAUGGCACAGGUCAUCCAGGAUCUGCGGGAGGAGCUGUCCCACACCGCACAGAAGGUGCAAUCCAUCGCUGACAGCUUCCCCCUCCCCGACUACACCCGGCCCGCCAGCAAAGCCCUGGUGACGGCGGAGGAGCGGAGCCGGCCCUACCUGCGGGAGGUGGAGCGCUUCGAGCACUACAGGUGGAUCGCGGGCACGGUGCUGUGCUCCAUCAUCCUCCUCAUCCUUGCCUGCAACGUGAUGGGAAUGGCUCUGGGAGCCUACGGGCUUUCCAAGCGUGAGGACCCGAGUGACUACGAGUGCCGAGGAGAGGCUGGUGCCAAGUUCCUCCUGGUCGGCGUGGGCCUGGCUUUCCUGUUCUCCUGGCUCCUCAUCCUCCUCGUUUUCGCCACCUUCCUGGUUGGGGGCAACAUCCAGACACUGGUUUGCAGGAAUUGGGUCAACCAGGAGAUUUAUAAGUUCAUUGACACCCCUGGGAAUCUCCCUCCAUCCAUGAACCUCACCCGCCAGCUCAACCUGAGGAGGGACUCCAACCUCAGUGCCACGUACCGGGACUGCAAGAAUGGUGCAGGGCUGUGGGAGGUGCUGCAGCUCGACAGGUCCUACGACCUGGAUGAGCACCUGAAAACCCCCAAGUACACGGCUGACUUCCAAAAACGCCUGGGAGACUUCACUGCCCACCUGGGGGACGUGCGGCUCCUGCGCAGCGAGGGCAGGCAGGACCUGGAGACCUUCGCCCGCAGCGGCCUGGACGAGGUGGACUAUGGGCGCUUCCAGGAGGAGAUGAAAAACCCCUUGGUGCAGACCAGCCUGCCUGGCCUGGCCAGGAACCUCGAGGGGCUGCAGAAAAUGCAGAGGAACAGCACGGUGGCAGGACGGCUGGGAGCCGAGGCCCGAGCCCUGUGGCAGAUGCAAAACUCCACAGUGCAGUCACAGGAGGCUUUGGUGGCAAAGCUGGGGGAAAGCGUCCAGUUCCUCUCCCGCCUUGCACCACAUCUCAAGGAGCGGGUGAAGAGGACACUGGCCACCACGGCCUCGGUGGAAGCCCGGCUGCCCGUGCAAGCCCAGCAGAUCCUGCGGCAGGAGAUCGGUUGCUUCACGAGGAAGGAGCUGAGGUACUUCACCCAGUACCUGAACUGGGUGGGGCAGACGCUGAGAGAGGACGUGGCCUCGUGCCAGCCCCUGGCCACAGCCCUGGACAACGGGAGGGUCAUCCUGUGUGACCGCAUCGCUGACCCCUGGAAUGCCUUCUGGUUCAGCCUGGGCUGCUGCACCUUCUUUCUCAUCCCCAACAUCAUCUUUGCCAUCAGACUCACCAAACACUUCCGCCCCAUCCGCAACCGGCUCAUCUCUACGGGCUCAGAGGAGACCUGUCCCUUCCACAUCCCCCGUGUCACGGCACUCAAGCUGUAGGAUGGGGGUCUCCUGAGUGUGCCUCACACCCCACGAGCUCCCACCAAACCUGUGCCCAACCACUGCAGGGCUCUGGAUCCCUCUGACAUCUUGCAGGGCUUCAGAUCCCUCUGACAUCUCUUCCUUGGUGUUGUUUCGGGUGUGACAUCCUUCCCUGUUGAGGGGUGCUCUGUGGAGU